AUGGAUUAUAUGAGUAAAUGGGUUGAGGCUAUCGCUCUCCCCUCGAAUGAAUCAAGGUUUGUGAUCAAGUCCCUCAAGAAACACAUCUUCACUCGCUUUGGCACUCCUGGGGAAGUUAUAAGUGAUGGAGGAUGUCUUACAAGACACACAGGGACUUCUCUAUCUCACAUAGUAUUUGGAAAAGCCUGUCAUCCUCUGGCGGAAUUAAAAAACCAAGCUUAUCAGGCAAUUAAAAAGUUGAUCUUGGACCCUGAGCUAGACGAUAGAAAGAGACUGAAUCUGUUGAAUGAAAUUGAACAGUUUCGAUGUCACACAUAUGAGAAUGCGAAGCUAUAUAAAGAAAAUACAAAGAGGUGGCAUGAUAAGAUCAUAGUAGCUCGUACAUUCAAUCCAGGAGAAAAACUAAGGUCUAAAAGGAGUAGUCCCUUUGAAGUGGUAAGAAUAAUGCAACUUGGGGCUAUGGAACUAAAAGGAGAUACUGGUCCUACGUUUUUGGUGAAUGGGCAAAGAGUGAAACACUAUAUUAAUGUUGAUUCGAAUCAUGAGGCUCUGGAUCUAAAUGAUGAGUGA